UGCCGGAGCCACCGUUGCCAGCGACAUGUUCAAGGUACUUCAGAGGUCCAUGGGGCCGGCCAGCCUGAGCCUGCUCACCUUCAAAGUCUAUGCAGCACCGAAAAAGGACUCACCCCUCACAAAUCCAAUGAAGGUUAAUGAGCUUUCGCUCUACUCAGUUCCUGAGGGUCAAUCCAGGUAUGUGGAGGAGCCAGGGACCCAACUUGAAGAAAGCAUCUCACAACUGCGAAAUCACUGCGAGCCAUAUACAAGUUGGUGUCAGGAAACAUACUCCCAAACUAAGCCCAAGAUGCAAAGUUUGGUUCAGUUGGGGUUAGACAGCUAUGAAUAUCUCCAACAUGCCCCUCCUGGGUUUUUCCCAAGACUUGGUGUUAUCGGUUUCGCUGGCCUUGUUGGACUCCUUUUGGCUAGAGGUUCAAAAGUAAAGAAGCUGGUGUAUCCACCUGGUUUCAUGGGAUUAGCUGCCUCUAUCUAUUAUCCACAACAAGCCAUCGCAUCUGUCCAGGUCGGUGGGGAGAAAUUAUAUGACUGGGGUUUGCGAGGAUACAUAGUUGUAGAAGAUUUGUGGAAGGGGAACUUUCAAAAGCCAGGAAAUAUGAAGAAUUCACCUGGAAAUAAGUAGAAAACUCCAUGCUCUGCCCAUUUUAAUCAGAUA